UCACGUUGAUCAUACUGCUAUAACUUUUCUGUCCGCUAGGUGGCGCGUUGAACUUCUGACUCUGUGGUUCUGCCAUUGGAUGAUACUGCCUGAAGGAGUAAACCCCGCCCACCCCGCGGCAGUAAGCGCUUGAUUGACGUCGACGAAGAAAAAGAACACAAGAUCGGAUUACAAGAUGGCGGUCUGUGGACGUUAGCAAGGAGGCCGUUACAGUUGUUGUGCUCUCUUUGAAUUUUACUGUUUAUCUCCAGGUGUUCUGUUAGUUGUUGAGGGUUGCAAACGGAAUAUGUUUAUGAAGUAAAAACAAAAACAUAUCACUGCUACUAUUAACUUCGCUUAGACGUGCAUGGUUUGUAACAUGCAGGUGGGAACAAAGUUAACAGGUCGAGGAAAACGCUAGACGGGGUGAGGUGAUAGCUUGUUAGCAGCCAGCUAGCCUGGUAGCUCCGCUCUGGUAGCCAUGUCGGACACUCGGCGGAGAGUGAAGGUAUAUACUCUGAAUGAAGACCGGCAAUGGGACGAUCGGGGCACAGGACACGUUUCGUCUACAUUUGUAGAACGAUUGAAGGGAAUUUCACUAUUAGUACGGGCCGAAUCGGACGGCUCAUUGCUUUUGGAGUCAAAAAUAAGCCCGAACACUGCAUAUCAGAAACAGCAGGACACGCUGAUUGUCUGGUCAGAGGCAGAUAAUUACGACCUUGCCCUCAGUUUCCAGGAGAAGGCUGGAUGCGAUGAGAUUUGGGAGAAGAUUUGCCAGGUUCAAGGCAAGGACCCUGCUCUGGACAUCACCCAGGACCCAAUUGAUGAAUCUGAAGAAGACCACUUUGAUGAGAUUCCAGAGACCGGUCAUUUAGUGGAGCUCCCUCCCUGCGAAUUAAGCCGACUUGAGGAGAUCGCUGACCUGGUCACCUCUGUCCUGUCUUCGCCCAUCCGCAGGGAAAAACUUGCCCUGGCUCUUAUGAGCGAGGGCUACAUCAAGAAACUGCUGGGCCUCUUCAGAGUAUGUGAGGACCUGGACAACAGGGAAGGCCUGCAUCACCUCUAUGAGAUUGUGCGGGGUGUCUUAUUCCUCAACAAAGCAGCUCUCUUUGAGGUGAUGUUUUCUGACGACUGUAUUAUGGACGUGGUGGGUUGUCUGGAGUAUGACCCAGCACUGGUCCAGCCAAAGCGACAUCGGGAAUUCUUGACCAAGACGGCAAAGUUCAAAGAGGUGAUUCCUAUCACAGACUCUGAGCUGCGGCAGAAAAUCCACCAGACCUACCGGGUUCAGUACAUCCAGGACAUAAUCCUGCCUACACCCUCAGUAUUUGAGGAGAACUUCCUGUCCACUCUCACCUCCUUCAUCUUUUUCAACAAAGUGGAGAUUGUCAGUAUGCUGCAGGAGGAUGAGAAGUUCCUCACUGAAGUCUUUGCACAGCUCACAGACGAAGCCACAGAGGACAGUAAAAGGAGAGAGCUGGUAAACUUCGUAAAGGAAUUCUGUGCUUUUUCACAAACGCUUCAGCCACAAAACAGGGACGCCUUCUUCAAAACUCUGGCCAAUUUAGGAAUUUUACCGGCUCUGGAAAUUGUCAUGGGCAUGGAUGACCUGCAGGUGAGAGCAGCAGCUACUGACAUCUUCUCUUACCUGGUGGAGUUCAGCCCCUCCAUGGUCAGGGAGUUCGUCAUGCAGGAGCCACAGCAGACCGACGACGACGUUCUGCUGAUAAACGUUGUGAUAAAGCAGAUGAUUUGUGACUCGGACCCAGAGUUAGGAGGUGCGGUCCAGCUCAUGGGUCUGCUCAGGACGCUCAUUGACCCUGAGAACAUGUUGGCAUCCACCAACAAAACCGAGAAGACGGAGUUCUUGGGUUUUUUCUACAAAUACUGCAUGCAUGUGCUGACCGCUCCUCUACUGGCCAACACUGCACACGACAAGAACUGCAAAGAUCAGCCAGAGGGAUCAACCAAGGUCAACCCCGUCUGUCCAGACAACUUCCAGACAGCUCAGCUGCUGGCGCUGAUCCUGGAGCUCCUGACCUUCUGUGUGGAGCACCACACCUACCACAUCAAGACUUACAUCAUGAACAAAGACCUGCUCAGGAGAGUGCUGGUGCUCAUGAACUCGAAGCACACCUUCCUUGCUCUUUGUGCCCUGCGUUUCAUGCGGAGGAUCAUUGGUCUAAAAGAUGAGUACUACAACCGCUACAUCAUCAAAGGGAACCUGUUUGAGCCGGUGAUUAAUGCCCUGCUGGACAACGGCACCCGAUACAACCUCCUCAACUCGGCCAUCAUCGAGCUCUUUGAGUUCAUUAAAGUGGAGGACAUCAAAUCGCUCAUCGCUCACAUUGUGGAUAACUUCUACAAAGCACUUGAAUCCAUCGAGUAUGUCCAGACGUUCAAGGGCCUGAAAGGCCGGUACGAGCAGGAGAAAGACCGGCAGAGCCAGAAACUCAACAGGUAUCGCAGAGACGCGCGGUCAGUGGACGAGGACGAGGAGCUGUGGUUCAACGACGACGAUGAAGACGAAGACGGCGAGGCGGUGGAGAAGAGGAUGGAGGAGGACUUCUCCGACAGCUACGGCAAAUACAUGGAGGUGAAAAAAGGAGCCGCCAACGGAGCAAGUGUAGCCAACAACGGGAAAGCCGCCCCGAUCCCCGCCGCCCCCCCGGCCGCCACUCCAAACAACAGCUCCUCUUCCUCGGUCAAAACGGUGGCUCUCCCGGCCACGCCCGUCGUCAAGCCGGCCCUGGUCGGCCUGGUGGACUACCCCGACGAUGAGGACGAGGACGACGAAGACGAGGAGGAGGAGCAGUCUCCAAGGAAGCGACCCCGUUUGAGCUCUUAAGACUAAAGGUCCUCUGCUGUUCAGUUGCGGUGGACGGACGCGGAGUCCCUCCCAUCCCCCCUCCUCUGGUCGUCUCAUUGGUCCUCGGCCUGUCGGUGCCACCUGCCAGUCUCACUGAGGAGAUGAGGAAGAUGAGCUCCUGCCUCACUCCGUCCCUCCUGAACUCUGCUCCUCUUUUCUCCCUCAGUGGAAGGAGAGUAAGAGCUUCUCCUCUGGAAAGACGAGUCAGAUCAGUCUGGUCAUUCAGACUGUUUUUUGUCUGUUUGUUUUUCUUUUUAACAAAAUAGUUUUUCAUUUUACCAUCAGCCUCCACUGUGAGGUCCCCAGAUCUUAUUUCUUCCCUCUGUGGAGGACAUCAUCGAACUUUGCCAACUCCUGCCUGCUCUUAUUCUCACCCGCGUUCUUUAAACCAACAACAGGCUCCAGUGGGACAGAAAGUGACCAUGGCGGGUCACAAAUCCGCCGUGUUGCCGUCGCAGUCGUAGCAAAGAAGCCCUGGAUCCUCAGCUUUUUCUUAUUUCUCUCCUUUACGUCACUUUUCACCCCGAACCAAUGAGCUCCAGAGGCAGAGGAGGCCAGAACACAACCAGCCAGUGUGUGGACUGUCCAGCUGGCCAGUCAGGCUAGCAGGACUAGCCGUCGUAGUAAUAGAAAGCUUGACUGGCUGAAGCCACGUGUGGGCCGCCUGGCACAGAACCACUUAGUUUUGUCGGGAGACCGAGGGGAUCCGGGCAGUCCAGAAGAAUAAAGGAAAAUCUUGAAAAGACGAGGUGACGUCUCAACCAGGAAGAAAUGCAGCUCUAACGCUGGUUAGAUCCAGAGGAGCAGGACUCAAUCCUUAAAAGCCAUGACGCCAAUUUGGUCAAGGCACACACUCACACACAGACACACACACGCACACACAUAGUACCCACAGUGUCUGACAAGACUGCAUUAGCCAGAAGUCCUGUAUUUCAUGAUUUUGUUUCAGUACUGUACAGAUGUUUUUAUUUUUUUUUCCUUUUUAAUCAUUUUCCUUCAAUGUGGUUUUGAAAGUGGAGACAGAUGCCCACCUUCUUGUGUAUAUUUUUUCUUUUUUGUUGCAAGUUGCGCAGAAGGUGGGCAUCCCUGCCACCCCUUUCAGUCCAGUUCAUUUGAUUCAAUGUAAAAUUCAGAAAAGUUGCAAAUGUUGGUUUUAAAAGAUAACAUUAAAACUGCAGUAAAGUCACUUUUGCAGCCGACACCUGGAGGAUGUGUGGAGUUUUGUACUUUUAGUGGAUUUAAAAACUUAGCCCUCUCACUGGAAUAUCCACAUCUGACGAUCAUCCCCGAUUUAGGUCUAACUGGACGGCAGGCACGGUUUAAUUUAGGACCCAGGCUUAUCUCAGGAGGUCAAAGUUCAGCCAUCCUCGCAGGUUCAGUCGAGGGUCCAGUUGCUUUUUGUCCCCAGUUUGAAGGUCUCCAGUCCCAGCUGGUCCAGCAAAGGUCAGCUUUGUCUCUUUUGGUUUAAAAAAAAAAACAUUAAAAAAACUAAGCAAAUGGAAGGAAAAAGUGUUUUACAGUGAAAAGAAUGAUGAGCAGCUUUUAUUAAAUGUGAGACGAGUGAUUGAAGUGCUGCGUUUGAGGCAGUGGGACGUUUCAAUGUCGGGUUGAUUGAUUUCACGUGUUGCAUCUUCUCCUGGUCUCCCCACAAAGUUAGAUGAAGGGAUUCAAUACUUGAUUUAAAAAAAAAAAAAGAAGCCAGAUCACAGACUUUCUGACAUCUGAUUCACACAAGCAGCAACCUUGGAGUGGAAGUAGAGAAGUAGAGGGGUCAUUACCGCCGUCUGCUGACCGCAUCCAGCAACGACUGUUUCUGCUCUCCUUUGAUGAAUUUGUACCAAGUGCAUUUACUACCACUAUCCACUCUUACCAUUUGUAUGAAUUUAUUUGAUAAGUUUUGAAAUUAAAUGUGACCCUGACAUUGAACUUGU